CCCAAGCUCGUCGCCGGUUCUGUCGCAAGCAAGGGAGCUUUCGGCAGGCCAGGCGCCAUUUUGACCAAAUCUUUUAAAGGAAGAAGGAUGAGACCUAGUGCUCCUGGCACCACUUGAAAUACACCAAAAACAACAGCGCUAGAUUGGGCUUUGUCUCGGUUCUCACACACUACAGUCUGUGGUCUGCGAGGCCUAAGAUACUGCCGACAACACAAGAAGCAGAAGGAGGGACUGGGCUAAGCCGACAUGUUUCGGCUAUCAUCGCGGUGCACAACCAUUGCGAUCUAGGUCCUCGCAGACGCACACCACUCCCGUUUCGAUGAUAGCGAUUUAUCUUUCUCCGAGAUAAUCAUACCCGACGCGGUGAUGGAUGUAGUAGAUGAGACUGCCCUCGCGGCGGUGACGGCGGCGGCAGCAGUUGGGGACCGCCGCCCGAACCCACUGUCGUCAGCUGUAGCUGCGGCAAGCGAUGUCGCCAACGCCCAUGGCUCCUCGUCGUGGCUCGGUUUCUUUGCGCGAGUCGUUCUCUGGAUCCUCCAAUUUGUGUCGAUGGUGCUAUACUAUGUCAUCAAGCUGGCCACCAUCUCCAUCCCGACCAUGCUAUACACCCUCUUCUCGACAAGCCUGACGGUUACCCUGAACGCCACAACUCUGAUGCUCAUCGUUACUGCCAUGAUCGCCGCCAUCAGCUGGGUGGUCCGGUACCGCUAUCUCAACAUGUACUCGCGGCUCCCCCCUGAGCCUCAACGCAAGGAGCCCGAUGUUGAUCUCUUCCCCGAUACCCACGAAGAGAGUAUCAAGCCUGGCCUUUCCAACUAUUUUGACGAGUUCCUGAGCGCCAUCAAGAUUUUCGGCUACCUGGAGCGGCCCGUCUUCCACGAGCUGACCCGCAGCAUGCAGACCCGGAAGCUCAUUGCUGGCGAGACGUUCAAUCUCGAGGAGGAGAAGGGCUUCUGCCUCGUUGUGGACGGCCUGGUCGAGAUCUUUGUGAAGUCGUCCAGCUAUAACCGCCGGUACGUACACAGCGAGAAUUUCGCUCCUCCGAGCGAGCUCGCCUCGAGCGACGACGAGCACACUGCCCCUGGGCAACAGCGUUACCAGCUGCUGACUGAGGUCCGAAAUGGCGCUCCAAUGUCAUCGCUGUUUUCCAUCAUGUCGCUGUUCACCGAAGACAUCCCCCUACGACAUGCCGACGAUGAUAGCUCGCCCGGAACGGCUGCCGACACCGCCAUCUUCCCCAACUAUCCUGCAAGCGCAGAUUUUCAAAAGUCACGCAUCGCCACGAAUUCCCUUCCAGGCACGCCUCAUCAACUCGAGCGCUCUGCAACAAAUUCCGUCGAGAAUCUGCCCGAGCACCUGGCAGCCCCAGGUGCUGACGGAGCCCUGCCCCGAGUUCCCCCUAUUUCACUCGACGGGACUGGCUUAACCAAGCCCCAGAGACCCGGGCCCAAACGAGCCAACACCACCUCGGCGCACCCGGACAUCAUUGCGAGAGCGACGAUCGACACGACCAUAGCAAUCAUUCCGGCUAGCGCCUUUCGACGUCUGAUCAAAAUAUAUCCCAAGGCUACCGCCCACAUAGUGCAUGUCAUCUUGUCAAGGUUCCAGAGAGUCACACUUGCAACCGCAUACAAUUACCUUGGGUUGAGCUGCGAGGUCUUGCAGAUAGAGCGGCACAUGUUCAAGUACACGACGCAGCAGCUCCCCAAUCAUCUUCGAGGGGAUGCCCUCGAGAGGCUCAAGGAGAAGUUUAAGCGGGAGAGGGAGAGGAUUGGGGAAGAGGAUGUCAGCAAGGGGAUAGCCCUCCAUAAUUCGCGUGCUGGCCGUCGCCGGCGCUCGACAGCAACGCUGCGUAAGGAGGCUGCUCUCCAGGCUUUCUCCAAGCAGCGCCAUCUAUCCAUCAGUGUGAGCGGCUCGUCCUUGGGCAUCCCAAGCGCAGGCGACCUGGUGACCCAUCUUCAACAGUCUAGGGGUAGCGGCAACCGAUCGCAGAGCGUCGCGUUUACGGAUGGGCCCUCUCCUCAUCUCGACGUGCAAAAAGAAGCCGUUUCUCCGCUGGCCCAGCGCACCUUCAACCCCUUCACGACUCAACGAAACGGCCAUAUCUCGCUUGACAAAAGAGACGCUCUCGACGAGGACAACUUGUUUCGGGAGUCGACUCUCGAGUGCAUGUUCAAAGCCAUCGGCUUGACCGGCAACGGCAGCUCGACCAGGGAGGGAGAAUCGAACCAAGCCUCGCCGCGGCUCGUCUCAUUCGACCAGCGACGCCAGAAAGCCGUCUUCACAAACCACGCCUUCGGGUUCAUUGAUGGGCUUGAUCAAGCGUUUGCCGACGGGGAUACGGAAUCCGUGACCUCGACGGGCCUUUCUGUGCCGGCCUCACCAAACCCUCAUGUGCUUGCGCAGGAGAUGAGAGACGAAAUGGAAAUCGUCUUCUUCCCCAAGGGCUCCGUGUUGGUGGAACAGGGUGAGCGGAACCCCGGUCUGUACUAUGUCAUCGACGGCUUCCUGGACAUCUGCACCCAGGAAGACACAUCGUCUUCGGAUGUCGUCCAUGCUAAGGGCCGGACGUCGCUGCACGCCAUGGACACCGCCCAGUCGCUUUGCUCGCCCCACGGUGUUGCGGCAUCCAUGCGCUCCGGAGACAAUGUCGAUGACGUUGACAACAGGCCCAAGACUACCCGACGAAGCGUGGCAUUGGUCAAGCCCGGAGGACUUGCGGGCUAUGUUGGGACAAUCUCGUCGUACAGGUCCUUCAUCGAGGUCGUCGCCAAGACAGACGUCUAUGCCGGCUUUCUUCCGCUGACCUCGAUCGAGAGGAUCGUCGACCGGUACCCCAUCGUGCUCCUGACUAUGGCGAAGAGGCUCACAAACCUACUUCCGCGUCUGAUCCUGCACAUCGACUUUGCCCUGGAGUGGCUCCAGGUCAACGCCGGCCAGGUUAUCUUCCACGAGGGAGACGAGAGCGAAGCCAUUUACAUUGUGUUGAACGGUCGCCUAAGGCUGGUCGAAGACCGCAAGGACGGCGGCAUGAAUGUCAAGGCCGAGUUUGGCCAAGGCGAGAGCAUUGGCGAGUUGGAGGUGCUAACCGAGUCCUCCCGGUCGGGCACACUGCACGCCAUCCGAGACACAGAGCUGGUCAAAUUCCCUCGCACGCUGUUCAACAGCCUGGCGCAGGAGCACCCCAACAUUACCAUCAAGAUCUCUAAAAUCAUUGCGUCCCGUAUGAGGGCGCUGAUCGAUGAUCCCUCGACCGUGCUGGGGCUCAAGGAGUCGUCGGGCCGGAGCUCGAUCAACAAGAGCUCGACCACGCUGAACUUGCGGACGGUUGCCGUUUUGCCCGUGUCGGCGGGUGUGCCUGUCGUCGAGUUCGGCAAUAGGCUGCUGAACGCGUUGACGGAGGUCGGAGCUCCCAAUGGCGCGACGUCGCUGAAUAGUGCGGCGGUUUUGAAUCACCUUGGGAAGCACGCAUUCAACAGAAUGGGCAAGCUCAAGCUGUCGCAGUAUCUGGCGGAUCUGGAGGAGAAGUACGGGCUCGUUAUCUACGUUGCCGAUACCAAUGUCAAUGCUCCAUGGACGCAGACAUGCAUUUCCCAGGCCGACUGUGUCCUCCUGGUCGGCCUUGCUGAUGGAUCCCCUGAGAUUGGAGAGUAUGAACGGUUCAUGCUUGGCAUGAAGUCGACAGCCAGGAAGAUCUUGGUGCUUUUGCAUCAAGAACGGUAUUCCAGCCCUGGACUGACGAGAAAGUGGCUCAAGAACAGAGUCUGGAUCAAUGGCGGCCACUUCCAUGUGCAAAUGACGUACAGCCCCAAUGCCGUGCCAAUACAUCCACCUGCGAAACCAGGCGGCCCGACACUGAGAGAACGCGUCCAAAUUCUGCAGGCAGAGAUCCAGAAAUACACUUCGAGGAAAGUUCGGCACAGUCCGUUCUACUCCCCAGACGUCCCUUUCAAGGGCGACUUCCACCGUCUGGCGCGGCGCCUCUGCGGCAAGUCAGUCGGACUCGUCCUAGGCGGCGGCGGCGCGAGGGGCAUCGCCCACGUCGGCAUCAUCCGGGCCAUGCAAGAAGCCGGCGUCCCAAUCGAUAUUGUGGGCGGCACCUCAAUUGGAGCCUUCAUCGGCGCCUUGUACGCGCGGCACGCCGACUUCGUGCCCAUCGUCAACGCAGCCAAGAAGUUCUCGGGCCGCAUGUCCAGCAUGUGGCGGUUCGCCCUCGACCUGACCUACCCGUCCGCGUCGUACACCACGGGCCACGAAUUCAACCGCGGCAUCUUCAAAGCCUUUGGCAAUACCCAGAUCGAAGAUUUUUGGCUUGAGUACUACUGCAACACGACUAACAUCUCCAAGUCGCGCGCCGAGUUCCACACCAGCGGCUACGCGUGGCGGUACGUGCGCGCCUCCAUGUCCCUCGCGGGCCUGCUGCCGCCGCUCUGCGACGAGGGCAGCAUGCUCCUGGACGGCGGCUACGUCGAUAACCUGACGGUCUCGCACAUGAAGUCGCUGGGGUCGGACCUCAUCUUUGCCGUCGACGUCGGCGCUCUGGACGACGAUACGCCGCAGGCGUUUGGCGACUCGCUCUCGGGCAUGUGGGCGUUUGUGAACCGGUGGAACCCGUUCUCGUCGGUGCCGAACCCGCCGACGCUGGCCGAGAUCCAGGCGCGGCUCGCGUACGUGAGCAGCGUCGAUGCGCUGGAGCGGGCCAAGACGCUGCCGGGCUGUGUGUACAUGCGCCCGCCGAUCGAUGAUUACGGCACGCUCGAGUUUGGCAAGUUUAUGGAGAUUUAUGCCGUGGGGUACAAGUAUGGACAGGAGUUCUUGGGCAAGUUGAAGGAGAGAGGGGUGCUGCCUUUCGGGGAAGAUAUGGGUGGGAAGAAGGGGCUGAGAAGGACCAUGGCCCCUAGGAGAGCGAGUAUCUGAGGCUUGGCUGCGAAGUAUAGCAUGUUUGGCGUUUGCAUUGGCGUGGUUAGAUAGUGCAUUGUUUCUUUUGACACGUGAUGGACCGCAUUCUUAUGAGUCGUCCUUGACGAUGACGGAGUUGCAGCUGUGUAGUGGCGGAUAGAGGGCGGAAAGAUCAGCGAGAGGUCACGGCAGGGGAGUACCAAGACUAGGCGAACAAAGAGAACCAUCAUACAUUCAGAGCUGGGUAUAUGGGGUCUAUCAAAUCUAUAUGUACGCCCUU